GACGGAGCGCAGAUCUUCCAGAGAUGGCCAACAGGAACACGCACCCACCACUCCCGGCUGCCGACGCGCCGAUGACCAUCAAGUUCAAGCGGGCCGGUGCCGAGGGUGAUGUCGCACCAUACACCGAGCCUGGCACCACCACUGUCGACGCCAUCCUCGACCUGCUCCGAGAGAACCUCGACCGGAGAACGCCGAGAUCACCUUCACAAGGUACGUUACGAGCACUGGAACGCUGGGAAUACCCCUUAUCUGCUCGGUGUGUGCUUGCACUGGCAGCCACCCCGGUGUGCAGGGCGGCCAGCAACUCAGGGAGGUGUUCAAGGACGGCGACGUGAUCACCUUCAAGCUGGCCGGUGCGAAAAAGGAGCGGACGAUGCGUACGCUCAGAUGUCUGUUCUGCAGGUGAAGGUGAUGGAGAGGCGGCUCCUGCAGCGGCCGAGCCACAGGCGGCAGCAGCGGCACAAAUCGAAGGCGGGCUUGGAAUGGGAGCAGACAGCGGCAGAGGUAGGUAGUUGCACGGACGGAGGCUCACCAGAAAGGAAAUUGCGCUGUGCGUGUUUGUGUUUCAAUCCUUUCAGUCGUGCCGACGCCCAUCGGACGGCCUGCCGACCUGGAGCUCCAACGAGAAGACGACGACGCCAGACAAGAGCGAGGUGGGUGAGGGCACAGGAUACACACAACAUGCGUCAAUGUCAUCACUGCCUCUCUGUGCGCAGAGGACGAGAACGCCUUCGCGAAGGCCUUCCCCUGGCUCGCCGAGGCCUGCCAGCUCUGCCGGGGUCUCACCGUCAACUUGCGCCGGCUCUGCGUCACCUGCUCCACGCUGUGUCCGACCCGCCCGCGGUACUAAGGAAGAGACGAGAAACGAAAAACGGAUCUGUGUGAUGUUUCGCCAGCUACCAUAUGGUGGGGAGCCAAGACGGACCAGCUGACGGAGGAGUGGGCGCGGCCAACAACAACAGACGGUGGGGGUAUGGGGGACCACUGAUGGGCAUGGGCGGCCUGUCGUUCGUUGCGGGCGUCCUGUAUUAUUAUCUCACAUCACGGGUGAGGAGAACGAGACAGGCAAGGGGCACUUGGAAGUGUGGUGUGUGUGUGGGUGGAUGGGUGUGUGCUUCGAUAGGGUGGGGGCGGCAGACACGAAGACGCCAUCACAUCUGCCAACCGCACCAAUUCCACCGAGGUCACACAGACACACACACACAUAUACAUGGACUCACACAGACACACACACACGCACAUGUAUGUCCAUGCAUCCAUCCAUCUCUCGCCCUGUGUGUGUGUGUGUGCAGGGGGGGUAGAUGUGAAUGCGUUCUGCCCCCGCUCCACCGACGACACCACCCACACCCCCGUAGAAAGGAUGACCACCUACGCGCAGUGGUACGACACCAUCAAGCGGGACCUCCACACACACCUCGCCAACACCUCCACGACCAAGAAGCCCACCAAUGCAGCCGAGGAGGACGCGGAUGACGACCGCCUGGCCAUGCCAGGGAGGCACCCGCCGACACGGCACAAUACACACACAUCACGAGCACUAACGACUGAUGGAUGAAUGUUACAUGUUGCAUGAGUGCGUGUUCACGUCCACUGCACUACCACUAGGCGGGGAGAGGGGAGGGAUGGAGGGAUGGAGGGAGAGGUGCACACACACACACACGCGCAUGCGCGUCGAUACAUGUAGUUUAUCUUCACGUACAUGUGCAUGUCGGUCGGUCGAUACGACCACCCUGCAUGCACUGUACUCUUCUUUCUUUCAAGCCAUUCACUAGUAAUCCUGAUGCACGACACUGCUAGCUGUACGAUAUUCAUCUGUGUCCACAUGUUUUUCAGAUUCGCGCGCCCUUUCUUGCGGUGAUGGAUGUGCACGAG